AUGCCAACAUCCGUUCUGAAUGAGCUUUCGAUGAAGAUAGAUAACGUAUUUUAUUGGAGCGAUUCUACUAUCGUUUUAUUUUGGCUAAAAAGGCUUCCUGGCUCCUGGACAACCUUUGUGGCGAAUCAAAUCGCGAAAAUUCAGGAAGCUGUUGAUUCUAGAGACUGGCGUCAUGUGGAUUCUCAUGACAAUCCUGCAGAUAUUAGCAGUCGAGGCGCGUUACCCCAGGACUUGCGUUUAAAUACUUUUCGGCGGUACGGUCUGAAAUGGUUGCCAAAACAUGAAGAUCAGUGGCCACGUCCGCCUGUACAUAAUGAGGAUGUAAACACAGAGGCAAGGAGAGUACGAGCGCGUGCCUCUCAAGUUACGUAUUUUGAGGAUCUCUUAUAG